ACACACACACACACACACGAGAAAGGAACAAUGAAAGACCAGGGGAGAUUUUCAUAACCUUGCUGCUGGCCUUUCCGUUUACCGGAACAAUUCUGAAGAUCUCUUCUUCAUUUCAAAGUCAUCUUGGCAUUUUUUAAAAUAAACUGCUCUCCAGCAGUCCGGGUCUGUGUGUGUGCGUGUAUGCGCGCAUCUCUGGUGCUUUUGACUGUCUUUUAUCCAACUGCCCAGAAGCAAAUGUGUUAACUCGGCGGUGCCCCUCUAUGCAUGGGUUGUCUGUCGAAGAGGGCGGAGGACGCUCAAACCCAUGUUCCCGGCUGGAUUCGGAGCCGCUGCCUUGCUGUAAACCCCUGUGUGUGGAUCACUUUCCCCACAGGCUUGGACAGCGCCAACAUUAACCUGCUUUCAGGUACAUUACAAGGUCAGUAGAGGGUCCUGCAGCGGUCUUGUUUCUGUGCAUCCAGACCUUCCUGUCUUGGCCAGAAAGAUAUUUACAUUUCGGUGCACAUCAUUGGAAGCCAAAAGUUCAGACCUUCGAGCUUGUGCUGGUUUCUGCACAAACAAGGUAAAAAGGAUUGCUUUUAAAACUGCUUAACAAAAUCCCUGACUCUUCCUCAGCCUUUUCUCAGCGGCUCUCUCCUCCUCGUCGAAAUGUCACCAGCUCUUUGAAUUACUUGGAUUUGGGUUGGAGGAGGACUUGAAAGAAACGUGAUCUACCGGCUAUGCCAGACCACUUCCUUUGCUGCCUGUGGUCCGGUGGGCAUCCCAGCGGAUCGUGAAAAGGACCAGUCCCCUCCUUGUUGCCCCCUCCCCGUGUUGUGCUGGAUGUGCGUGUGCAAGUGUGAAUGCGAGUGCGCGCGCGCCUUGAUGCGAGUGUGUGUGUGUGCUUGAGUGUGCGUGCGCGGCCGCCCUGUCUCUGCCCGCUCCCCGGGCGCAGAAACGCGGGUUUCAUGGGGCGAUCGCCGCGGAUUCCCCACCCAGCGCGACCUGCAGGAAGCGGCGGCAGUGGCAGAAGCCGCCUCUCGGACUCCCUAGGAUGCAGGUGCUGAGCUAUGGCAAAAGGCAGCGAAGUGAGGAGCCAGACCCGCGUAAGACUGUGAAAGCCACCUGGAGCCACCUUGCCGGGAUUGUACCUGCGGGCAGAAAGUCCUCCUACAACCGUCUUUUCCUCCAGAGGCACCAGAGUCCCUGUAACCAUUCAGCCAGGUGUUGGGAAGAUAUGUUGUAGCUGAGCACCCUUACUUCUGACACCAUCCUCAGAUUGAGUUUUGGAGAUGCUUUCACCCCGUCCAUGUUCUACAGCAGCCAGGCAGAGUGCUGACUCCUUCACAGCAGUGAGCACCUCUUCAGGCUCCAGAAGCUCUUAAAUCUGAUCUACAAUGGAAAAAUUCCUUUUUUAUCUGUUUUUCAUUGGCAUAGCAGUGAGAGCUCAGAUCUGUCCAAAGCGUUGUGUCUGUCAGAUUUUGUCUCCUAAUCUUGCAACCCUUUGUGCCAAGAAAGGGCUUUUAUUUGUUCCUCCAAACAUUGACAGAAGAACUGUGGAACUGCGGUUGGCAGACAAUUUUGUUACAAAUAUCAAAAGGAAAGAUUUUGCCAAUAUGACCAGCUUGGUGGACCUGACUCUGUCCAGGAAUACAAUAAGUUUUAUUACACCUCAUGCUUUUGCCGACUUACGAAAUUUGAGGGCAUUGCAUUUGAACAGCAACAGAUUGACUAAAAUUACAAAUGAUAUGUUCAGUGGGCUUUCCAACCUCCAUCAUUUGAUAUUGAACAAUAAUCAGCUGACUUUAAUUUCAUCUACAGCAUUUGAUGAUGUCUUUGCCCUUGAGGAGCUGGAUCUGUCCUAUAAUAAUUUAGAAACAAUCCCUUGGGAUGCUGUUGAGAAGAUGGUUAGCUUGCACACCCUUAGUCUGGACCACAAUAUGAUCGAUAAUAUUCCUAAGGGGACUUUCUCCCACUUGCACAAGAUGACUCGGCUAGAUGUAACAUCCAAUAAAUUGCAGAAGCUGCCACCUGACCCUCUCUUUCAGCGAGCUCAGGUACUAGUGACCUCAGGAAUCAUAAACCCAUCUACUUUUGCAUUAAGUUUUGGUGGAAAUCCUUUGCAUUGCAAUUGUGAAUUGUUGUGGUUGAGGCGUCUGUCCAGAGAAGAUGACUUGGAGACCUGUGCUUCUCCAGCACUUUUAACUGGUCGCUAUUUUUGGUCGAUUCCUGAGGAAGAGUUUUUGUGUGAGCCUCCUCUCAUUACUCGUCAUACGCAUGAGAUGAGAGUCCUGGAGGGUCAAAGGGCAACCCUGAGGUGCAAAGCCAGGGGAGACCCUGAACCUGCAAUUCACUGGAUUUCUCCUGAAGGGAAGCUUAUUUCAAAUGCAACGAGAUCUCUGGUGUAUGAUAAUGGAACACUUGACAUUGUUAUAACAACUGUAAAGGAUACAGGUGCUUUUACCUGCAUUGCUUCCAACCCUGCAGGGGAAGCAACACAAACAGUGGAUCUUCAUAUAAUUAAGCUCCCUCACUUGCUAAACAGUACAAACCACAUCCAUGAGCCUGAUCCUGGUUCUUCAGAUAUCUCAACUUCUACUAAGUCAGGCUCUAAUGCAAGCAGUAGUAACGGUGAUACUAAAAUGAGUCAAGAUAAGAUUGUGGUGGCAGAAGCAACAUCAUCUACAGCAUUACUUAAAUUUAAUUUUCAAAGAAAUAUCCCUGGAAUACGAAUGUUUCAAAUCCAGUACAAUGGUACUUAUGAUGACACCCUUGUUUACAGAAUGAUACCUCCUACGAGCAAAACUUUUCUUGUCAAUAACCUGGCUGCUGGAACCAUGUAUGACUUGUGUGUCUUGGCAAUAUAUGAUGAUGGCAUCACUUCCCUCACUGCCACAAGAGUCGUGGGUUGCAUCCAGUUUACUACGGAACAGGAUUACGUGCGAUGUCAUUUCAUGCAGUCCCAGUUUUUGGGAGGCACCAUGAUUAUUAUUAUUGGUGGAAUAAUUGUAGCAUCCGUGCUGGUUUUCAUCAUCAUUCUCAUGAUCCGGUAUAAGGUUUGUAACAAUAAUGGGCAACACAAGGUCACCAAGGUCAGCAAUGUCUACUCUCAAACUAAUGGGGCUCAAAUGCAAGGCUGCAGUGUAAUGCUGCCCCAGUCCAUGUCCAAACAAGCCGUGGGACAUGAAGAGAAUUCUCAGUGUUGUAAAGUUGCCAAUGACAAUGUGAUGCAAUCUUCAGAAAUUUGUUCAAGUCAGGACUCCUCUACCACUACCUCUGCUUUGCCUCCUACCUGGACUUCAAGCACGUCUGUGUCCCAAAAGCAGAAAAGAAAGACAGGCACAAAGCCGAGUACCGAACCACAGAACGAAGCUGUCACAAAUGUUGAGUCCCAAAACACUAACAGGAACAACUCAACUGCAUUGCAGUUAGCUAGUCGACCUCCUGAUUCUGUCACAGAGGGGCCCACAUCUAAAAGAGCACAUUCAAAGCCAAGUAAGUUUCUCACUUUGCCUGCUGAGAGACCCAGAGCAAGGCACAGGUACUCCCUGAAUGGAGAAUUAAAGCAAUACUAUUGUUAUAUUAACUCACCGAGCACAUGUGGACUAUUUUCUAAAAGAAGCCUGUCUAUGCAUGGGAUGUUAAUUCAGUCCCACAGUUCUGAUGGGCAUAGUGGAAAAGCAACUCUUUCAAAUUCUGAGUGUAUAUUGGAAAGCACUAUGUAACCUAUUUUUUUAAUGAAAACAAAAUUUUGAAAACUCAUAUAAGAAGUUGGAAUUUGAAAUUUCAGUCCUUUUUCUCUGACAUGUGGCCGAUAGAGCCAAGGUGUAUAAACCUCUAGGAUACAGUUAUUUAUAUAUAAAUUUAAUACAUAUACCUGUGUAUGUAUAUAUGUAAAAGCAUGCCAUGGUAACAGUGCCUUUCCCAAAAAGGAUUGGCUUCCAGGUUCUGUGGUAGCAGAUCACAAAAUGAAAGUUGUCAUAACAGAAAUAAAGUCUUGCAUAAAUAAUGAUAUUUCUCCAUCUUACAAAGGACCUCCUAUGAAUAAUUGGUACUUUUUGAUUAAUAGAUUGCCUAUUUCUUUCAAUGACAGUGGUGUUUAUUUUUAGGCAAAUAGUAUAGAGAACAAGUUUGUGUUGUUAUGUUAUUAAAAAUAAAAUAUUGAAUAAGUACAUCCAGCCAAGUGUUAAAAUAAGUACCCUUCUAAACAAUGUUUUUGGUUCUGGUGCCUUAAUGGUUCUGUGAUAUUUCUCAUUCAGAUUCAGAACACAGGUUUUUCAGUGGGAGCAGAAGAAAAUGCAAUUGAUUUUGCA